AUGAAGGUGAUAGGAAUUAACGGUGCGGAAACUGUAAAGUCCAACAGAGUCCGUCUUCAAUUCAAGGGUGAAAAGGAUUUGGUCUGGACAACCGAAAUCUCAACACACCCGGAGAUCCCGAUCAUCUUUAGAGCACCAGUUUUUAGCUCAAAAGAUAUCAAACACCUGAAAAGGAAAAGGAUUAACCCGUACAGUAUAAUGGGGAUGAGAACAGAAAACGGAGAUCGAAUUGAUCUCAUUCUGGGAGCAAGUUUCAUCGCGAAACUGGCGCCCGAGGCGAAGAGGCAUGUGUUGCCAAGCGGUAGAAUAGUCGAAGAAACCAAGCUCGGAAUAAUAACUCAUCCGACACCAAGUAAUGAGUUUCGGCUAUCUUCCGAAAGAGGAUUGGAAGUAGAAACCAACGAGUAUUAUAAUUCAGUGGUAGUUAACACGUUGGAAGUUGUGGAGUAUCGUCAAGUCUCCGAAGCCCAGAUAUUUGAGGGGAUCUCACGACUGUUUCAGCUGGAGCACGUGGGAAUCCAACCACAAGAACUGGCAGAAAAGGGGAGAGAGAGUGACGAGACACUUCUGGAGAAGUUCAGAGAAAGCGCAACCAUGGUUGACGGCAAAAUACAAGUCGCUCUACCGUUCAACGGGAGAGAAGCGGACUUAACCGACAACUUUCCGGUGUGCAUCCUAAGACUGUCAUCACUUCUGACGGUUCUUCAAAAGGACAAAAGAACAUUGUGGGAGUAUGAUUUAGUGAUAAAAACUCAGCUCGCGGAGGGGAUAAUAGAGGUGGUCCCAGAGUCAGAGUUACACGCCGAGGGCCUCCAUUAUUACAUGCCGCACCGGCAUGUGAUGAAAGAGGAGUCGUGCACAACCAAACUGAGAAUUGUGCUAGACGCAUCGAGUAGAAUGAGAGGGAGAUUAUCAUUAAACGACUGCUUGCACGCAGGACCCUCACUUCUACUCCCAAUACUUGGAAUAUUGAUGAGAGCCAGAUGUUCGAAAUACUUGUUGAUAGCGGACAUAGCCAAGGCAUUCCAUCAAGUCCCUCUUCGACCGGAGUUCCGGAACGUGGUGAAGUUCCUGUGGGUGAAAGAUCCAGAGGGGUCCCCGAACCACGAAAAUCUCGUGGUCUACCGGUUCACAAAGCUACCCUUCGGAGCUUCAAGCUCACCGUUUAUUUUGGCGGCGACGAUUCUGCUGUAUUUGGAGAUGAACCCGCAUGAAAUAAAUGAGCGAAUCAAAAGUAACCUGUAUGUGGAUAAUGUCGUAUUGACAACCAAUGAGGAAAGCGAACUCCCGGAGCUGUACUCAGGAUCAAAAAAGGCGUUUAACAACAUGUCUAUGAACCUGAGAGAAUACAUGACCAAUAGCAAGGGGACUAUGGAAAAGGUACCAGUGGUGGACCGGGCCCAAUCAGAAGUGAACAAGUUAUUGGGUCACGUGUGGGAUAGUGUGAAUGAUACAAUCACAAUAAAAAUUCCUAAACCACCAACUGGCCACCCGACCAAAAGGCAGAUGGCAUCGUUUUUAGCGUCCAAUUACGACCCCCAGGGGUUACUCUCGCCUAUAAUCGUGCCGGUCAAGGAGGUUAUACAAAAGUUGUGGGAGAAAGAGGUGAAAUGGAAACAGAGGAUUCCAAAGCAGCUAUUGAAAGAGUGGGAGGUGAUAAAGGAAUCGUUCACUCAAACGUCAUAUACACUACCGCGACAGUUGGUGGUACAUUAUGAUUACGAGAGCGUCCAACUGCUAGUGUUCAGCGACGCCUCCGAGAGGCAUUUCGCAACGGCAGUGUACGCACACUUCAGGUACAAAGACAGAGAGCCAGUCACAAAACUGGUGAUGUCAAAAUCUAAGGUGAAACCAAAGAACGUGAGCUUGUCGAUCCCGCGAUUGGAGUUGAUGGGAAUGGAGAUAGCAUCCCACGCGUCGCUCACGGCGUACAAGGAGUUGAAAAUGGAGAAAUUGAAGGGAGUGAAGUUCUUUUCGGACUCCAUGAUUGCCCUAUAUUGGGUAUUGAAGAAAGAGAAGUUGACAAAGUUCGCUCAUAACAGAGUCGAAAAAAUCCAUCAAAACACUCUGUGGUUGAAGGGGAAGGGUUUCGAUCCAUCAUUCCAUCAUUGCCCAACAGAGUAUAACCCGGCGGAUCUGGCGUCCAGAGGAGUGGUCAUGGAGAAACUGUUCAAUAACAGCUUAUGGUUCGACGGACCUGAGUUUCUCAAGAAUCCAGAAUCCGAGUGGCCGAUACGACUUGAGGGGAAGAUCAGUUAUCCGCAGGAGUUCAGGGAGCUGAUUUUUGAAAGAGGUGGUCCUGAGUAA